AAGAAGCAGUAUCCCAUCUGGCUGGCAGACAUAAUUCACAUUGGCAGAAUCCCAGCCGAUCCAACUGUCUUCAGCCUUCAGGUUCAAAAAGAGUGGAACAAGAAGAAAAAAGACAAAAAGGAUGACAGUCCUGUGCAACUCUACCUUAUUCGCAUCGACGACAGUACAGCAGUGGAUACGUUCUUCGACGCAGUCAAUGCCUACAAGGCAAACUCCACUGCCCUUGGAGUGCGACCCGCAGAAACUGGAAGUCUUACGGAGGGACAAAACACCGUAACCACGCGCAACGAGGCAGAUGAAGAAGGCAGCGACGCGAACAAUGAAGACUCAGCAGCGGGAAAGAAGAAGAAGAAGAAGAAGAACGACAAGAAGAAGAAGGACAAGGAAAAAAAGACAAAGAACAAGGAAAAACAAAACAAAAAGGCAAAGGCCAAAAACAGUACAUCUGAGGCUCCACGGGAUUCCGACCAAGAUGAAGUGGUUUUAGGUGAGUCGGCGAGCGAUGCAGGUGCAGGUCAACCGCCCGCGGAUAGCCAGUACAGUUACUUCGGGUUUCCCGGCUCUGAACCAGACAUGCGUCGUAGUCAACCCAAAGGCGCCUCCCCCAGUCGCUAUGAGGACACGGUGAACGAACUUCCAGCGGUCAUUCAGCAAGGAAACAGGCCCGGCUACAAAGAGACCUACAUCGAGUACCCACCCAGAGUGGAAAAUAAUCGGGAGGCACAAAGGCGUAGGAGCCGUAUGGAGGUAGAUGCUUGGCCGCCACGGUCCUAUUCACGGCGAAGGGUCUCUAUGCCACCCCCCAGUGAAUCACCCAUGUCAUCUGCAUCCUCGGAGCUCACCCUCAGCUGUUCAGUGACUCCUACCUACAGGAACGUGGACAGGGAAGAAGGCUUUCGGGAGGACCGAAGGCGACGAGGAGGAAGGAACAAAAGUUACGUAUGUCGAGACCAGGAUUCCAUCUUCUAUGGUGCCCGUAUGUCCCCCAAUUCGCAAAUGUUGGACCAGUUCGUAAGGCAAAUGUGCCCCAUUAGAUAUGAAGAUUGA